UCGGGGUUUCCUCAGGUUUCGGUACCGUUACAUGCGUUACCUUCGAUCAGUUUGUGCGGUUUGUGCAGGUUUCCGCAACUUUAUGCCCUCAUGCCGUGAUCAGCCGUAAUCGUGGACCGAUGGCGGAACAGCUCGCCGAGUACAGAAGGAAGAAACGGCGUAGAGCCGUUAUCGAAUCCGUGAAAAAUACCCUGACGAUGAUUUCCUCGAGGAAUUGCGACUCGGUUUCGAUAUCUCCGAUGCAGGACACCGAAGACGCGGAGAGUAUUCGAGUAGACGAUGGCCUGGAUUCGAUGCCAUCUGAGAGUAGGACGAUCGCUUGGAUCUUUUAUCUCCUGUAUACGCUGCUCUGGACCACGCUCUACGCGAUUGCUCUAAAGUUUGAAUUCGGGGCAGUUUACUUCGUAUCGAGCUCUUUGGUGCUAAUGUGGCGGAAUAUGCGAUCGGGCCCAAAGAAGAAAGGAGAAGUCAGCGCUUAUUCGGUGUUUAAUCCAAACUGCGAAGCCAUCGACGGCACGUUGAAAGCGGAACAAUUUGAAAGAGAAAUUCGAUAUGGAGCGAUGACCGUUCGUUGAGAAAAAUAAAGACUUAUUUAAUAUUUCA